UGAUACAAGUAGUGUAGGCCGCAUGACGCCAGCCCGUGCACCGCGGUCAAAUAGAUUUAAAAAAAAAAAGAGAUAAAAUUUUUAUUAAAAAGAAAAAUGUAUAAAAAUUUACCAACCCGCGUUUCCCGCUCAGUUAUUGUGCAUGUGUGCGUAGCUCCGGAUCUGUUAUAAAUAAUUAAAAUUAAGAGAAACAAGUUUUGUUUAAUUAUUAAAAAAUAAUUAUAAAUAAAAUGUUAUCGUCCGAAGUGCUAAUAUUGUUGUGUUUGUGUGGUUUAAGCCUAAGCCACCAAAUGGAAUGGUCAUAUGAUUACGAAACCCAAUGGCCUGGUGUGUGCAACAGCGGCUUCCAACAGUCACCUAUCAACAUCAUGACCAGAGACGCGGUGCUGGACAUCCACGGCUCCCACAUCAGGGGACCUCUUGUGUUCAGAGGUUACGGGAACGUUGCUGUCUCUGCCAUCAACAAUGGGCAUACGUUAAAAUGGAACGUAGUGGAAAACAGCACAGCGCCCGUUCUAUCCGGCGGGCCGCUUCGAGGCAACUACACCUUGCUACAGUUCCACCUGCACUGGCUCUCCGAACACGCCAUUGAUGGCAUGAAGUACCCACUGGAGAUUCACAUGGUGCACGUCAAAACGGGACUGACCCUCGACGAAGCGCUCGAGAGACCCGACGGACUGGCUGUUAUAGGAGUAAUAACAAAGGUGGUGGGCGGGUAUGAAGAAGCCAGCAGCUUCGCUCUAGAAGAAAUAAUGCCUGUGGUCCCUGACCUCCUCGACCAGAAUGUGGAAUCAUCGGAAAUUCUUAACAUUGAUAUGAAUCGGCUGUUCAGUCCAGAGCCCCAAUCGUUUUACACGUACCACGGCUCCCUCACCACGCCGCUGUGCCAGGAGGUGGUCACCUGGAUAAUCAUGGACAAACCCCUUACUAUAUCUGAUACACAGUACAAAGUGUUCAGCAAAGUCAACGUCGGCGGUAUAGACAAUUACCGCAGUCUGCAGCGGUCGAACCGCGUCGUCUACCGGUCCGUAGCCUCUUGCUCCUACGCUCUCUCACCCAGUAUCUUGGGCGUGCUCGUCACCGUCUUCAGAUGCCUCGCCUCCAAAGUAACACAACAGAUCCACAAAGGCAUUUGCUACAUCGGCAACGCCAAAAGAAAAAUAUUCGGGAACACUCUAAUAGAAUGCAGCAAGGUGCACAUUUCGUAAUUUUUAACUCCAUGAUAAUAAAUUAAUGUACUGUCUUGUCCCUGAUCAUGUUAUAAGUGCCAUUUGUCUUGUGUUUUUUUUAUGUACACAAAUAACAAUGUACUGAAGUAUUAUUUUGAUUUUUAAAAUGGCUUGACUGUUCGGGGAGUUUAAAACCCAAUUGUAUGAACAUAAAUGUACUGUAAAUGUAUGACUUUAAUAUUACACCCUCAGAACGAAGGCCUGUUAAACUGGAUGCAUUACGGAAAACAAAUGCUAGUAUGAUUUGGCGUAAGACGGAUUUCUUAAACCCCAGACCUGUCUUUUAACUCCCCAGAGAUUUUUAAAAAUAUACUGUACUCGCAUUUUUCUGUUGGUAUGAGUAUUAUGUAUACCGAACCGAUAUCCAUAUAUUGGGUCUCUCUAGACGUUGAAGGCGGAAAAGAAGUCAUCGCCCAUUUCGAUUUCGCCCAUAUUGCCCGGGUAUUUAUUUUCAAAUAUGUUAAAAUUCUGUUACCCAAUUUAAUUUUUUAGACAACAGACUUUUGACAUAUUUGUUAUUGGGCCAAUAUAUAUAGUACACACUCCUAGUUUUCUGAAAUUCUCUGUGAAUAUCUAUCUGUAAGAGAAUAUUGUCUUCUCAGGUUGAAGAAUAUAUUUAACAAACGAAAUGUUUCAUGAAUAAAUAUAAGAUAGAAACGACACAACCAAUAAUGAUAAAAACAUAAAAGAAUUACUGUACACAAAAGAAACUUAUAACAGUGAUUAGCAAUAUUCCCCGACUUUACACGGGUGCAAAUUAGUAUGUCUUGUGCAUACAAAUCUGUAAAAAAUAUCUAAAUGACAGUGAAACUCCUAUCAAAAUCCGUUGAGUAGUUUAGAAGAAAUAAGCGGAGAAACAAACAGAUGCGAAUAGCAACUUUGUUUUGUACUAUUAGAGAAGAGAUGAACAAAAAAGAAAUAUUGGUAUUAAAAAUCAUAUGGGAGUGAACAAGUUAACUUCUUACUUAGCGAUGAUUAAUGAUUCUAUCGUCAAAGUAGCAAUGAGGGACACCAUGGGCGUCACUGUAUGUCGUGAUAUCCACGGUGCUGUACAUGCAUAUAGGCGACGGUUACCAGUCUCCAUCAGGCGGGCCGUCAGCUUAUUUGUCAUUCGCAGUAGCUGAAAAAGAUAAGUUAUUUUCUGUAACUCUACCGCCAGUAGAGUUUUAUGUAAUUUAACUAUAUUAAUGAAUAGAUUUAUCGGUAUGGAAUUUUUAACAAAAUAUACAAGGGAUAGGUUGGCCAUACGCGCUUCUUCGUAGGUAGUUUCGUACGCUUGCACCGUUGACCCAACACAGCCGAUUCUGCUGUUGAUUUUUGUUGUUACACAAAAUAAUAAAUGACUGUUGACGACCUUGCUGUUUUUUAGUAUUUCCUAAUACUUCACUGUAAAGUAUCAUUAUUUCUUUAUAUUUUGACAUAAUAUUCAAAGAUAACGACUUCAAAUGAAAAAAAAAAAUUUUUUUCCGGAAAGAAUUUCCAUUGAUUUUCAGUUUAGAAUAAAGAUAUAAUUUCACUGUUUCAACCUGUCCCUUACAACUAGUACAGAUAUAAAGAAGGAAUAAUAAUUUUCAUUAAUUAUUAAGUAAACAUUAUUUUACCAAUAAAACAAAACACUCUAUCUUAUUCUACGUAUCGUAUUGUCCAAGAUAUAGAACGUAAUAAUAUCAAGUAAAUAUAUUUUUAAUGUUUUUUUUUUUUUUAAUUAAGUGCUCAUCCAAUGCAAUUUAAAAUCUAGUAUUAUUAGUAUUUUGUAUGUACCUAAUGUACCUAAUAUCACAGUGUAUUGAACGUUACAUAAAGAGCUUGUCCAGACAGAGAAAUACGUCCCGAAUUAUUAUAAAUAAUAAAUUAAUAAUAAAAUCAUUUAUUCAGAAUAAAAAAACAAUAUUAAUGACAACGUUAUACAUUAAAAUAUUAAUACUGUGGUAGCAGAUGAAAUGCUUACCACUCAGCUUUAGCUGCAGCGUGGUGCUGCAGCGCUGAUUUCCAGUGAGACCACCACUCGAUAGGUAGCUCUCGAGAAAUAGGAUUGAAUCUAUAAUACAGUUUUAACUGAACCUUAUACAUGACAUCAAUAUAAUAUAUAAAUAUAAUAAUAUAUUAUUUAUUGUAUAACAUAUAUACGACACAACGAGCUAUAAUGAAGAUUGAUCAAUUACUACCAGAGGGAGACUUUGUACAAAAGUCGUUUGCUUGGCCACCUCUGUUCCAUUCGUAUUUCUAACGUGAAGCAGUUGUGUCUGCAUGACUGUUUCGGUUUGAAGGGUAGAAUAUAGCAGUGAAUUUACAGGAUACAGAGGAAUAACACCUGAGUCCUCGGGAAUGGCAACGCAUGGGGGGGUAUCAUGGGCGAAACAGUAUACUCUAUAAUGUCCAUGGUACUGCUCAUGUCUAUAGGCAACGGUCGCCACUUUUCAUUAGAUGGGCCGUCAGCUUGUUUGCUAUUCUAAGUUGUUUAAAAAAAUUAUCUGUCAAAUUUACAGUUUUUGUACUAGAAUCAAAUAUGUUUUUGAAAUUUUAUUCGGGAUAUGUUAAUUGUUACACUGUACUAGUAUUAUUAUUAAUUUAUUACCAUAGAUUUAGAUAGUUUGUUCUAGAAUUAUUAAUGUGAUAUGAAAAGUUAUUAAAAUGCCUUUUUUUUUAUUGGUAAUCCUUAUCUUAAUAGGGGCUUUGUGUUUGAUGAAUGCCGUAAAAUGUUCUAUUAUAAUUUAUAAUUUAAUCUUUCACAAUUGGCCUAGAUUAGACCAAUUGCUGUUUGAUACACUUGACCGAUAGCUAAUAACUUUAAGUCUAUCUGUCACAUAUCCUUAAUCAUAUCAUGUCUAGCCGAUGUUAUACCUGUAUCUAUAAAUCUAGAGUUGUUAACCAAAAUAAAUAUAAUUGUGCCAAACCAAAUAAUAUAUCCAUCAAAUAUAUAAACUAUAUGCCUUUGUAAAAUUAAAAUAUUAUAUGUUUUUUCUUCACUAUUAUUGUCAUUGUUUUAUUGCUUAGUCUAUCCAGUGCAUUUAGUUAAAGCACCUUUAUAAAAUCAUUUUUCUAAAAUCUGUGUUUUGUUUUUAAAAUUAAAAGAUACUUUAUUUCUAGGACUUUUUACCGUUUAGUACCAUAUUCCAUCCACACUAAAUUAAAACAUUAAAUUAUUAGUAUUAUCCACAAGAUUUUAAAUGCAAGUAUGGAGUCAUUAAAAAAACCAUAGAUAUAGAAAUACAUUUUAUGCAUAUUCUAACUAUAGUUUUUACUAUAGUUAGAAUAUGCAUAAAAUGUACUGAUAACAUGCAUAUAACCAAGUCACAUAGCUAUUUCAGUAAUUCCUAAUAUUAAUACUUCGCGCGUUCCGAAACAUGCUUACCUAUUCCCAGGAUAACAUGGGCUUAAAGAUGUGACAUAGAAAAAAGAAAUAUAUUUCUUUUGUCUAUGGUUUUAUCUAUGAAUACACCACACCCAUAAAGAUGAAAUUAUAUGCCCCAAUUGAGAAAUUUUGCUCAAAUUAACGACUUUGUUAUUUUAUUUACAUAUUUUAUUGGAAGGAUAAAAAAUCAUGUUUAAGUGUUUAUAGGUACGAAAGUUAAUGAUAAAUAUUAUGUUUAAACAAUUUUUAAUUUAAUUAUUUAUUGUAAAACCUAUAACUUGCCAUUAUGUAAACUAGAAUAUAAAUAGACUGUAAUUUCAGAAAUGUUUUCAUAAAUAACAGAGGGAGACUUUGUACAAAAGUCGAUUGCUUGGGUACCUCUGUCCCAUUCGUGUUUCAACCGUGAAGCAGCUGUUUGCAUGGCUGUGUUUCGGUUUGAAGGGUGAGAUAUGGCGUGAAUUUACAGGGUACAGAGGAAUAACACCUGAGUCCUUAGGAAUGGCAACGCAUGGGGGGUGUCCUGGGCGAAACAGUAUAUUCUGUUAUGUCCAUGGUACUGCUCAUGUCUAUAGGCGACGGUUACCACUUUCCAUCAGGUGGGCCGUCAGCUUGUUUGCCAUUCUGAGUUGUAUAAAAAAAUAAAAAAAGUAAAAAUAAAUAGUAAUACAUUGUUAAGUUAAUAACGUCGGUUUUAUUUGUUAUAAAAUUUUCAUAAUCUGUAACAAUUUAUUGGUUUUUAGAGUGAAAUCUAACAGCAUAUUGUUCAAUUUAUGUUUUAAUUUAAAUAUACAGGUAAAAAAAAAUAAUAAAAUAAAAGAAAAAUAGAGUAAAUAGUACGAUAUUUACUUUUUAUAUAAGUUAAUUUUAUACUUUACUCUUCACUAUUUAUUUUGUAAAUGGAUUUUAUACUUUAUUGUUUAUUAAUGUGAAACGAUUUUAUAUCAAAGCCCUGAACUUCGACAGCCGAAUAAUAACUAUUUAACAGCAUGAUGUAACUUUAAUGUUUUAAUAAAUUUUAAUUAAUUUGAUGGCAAACAAUUUGUUUGUAUCUUACGAUAAUACAAAGAAGUGUAUUUUUUUUUAUAGAUGAUAAUGGAAUGGUAACCCCGUCUGCGCUAACAGUAUAUGCUGGCGCGGUACCUGUGAAGGAUGAUAGGUGAGGAUGACAGAGCAGAUCAGUUAGCUCAUCGUGCUGAAUAUACCUGGAAUUCAGCACGAUGGUUUCCAGAGGGGACCACGUGGAUGUCGAUCUGACAGGAUAUAUUGCUAGCAAUGGGACUGCUAGUCCGCAUUACUAACAAUCUCCUCCCACCUAAACAAGUGUAUUUAUAUUUUCAUUUUCUAAUUCUAGUCUGAGGUCCUCUCUUAUAAAAUCAGCGUUUGAAAUAUUCUUUUACUUCCAAAUAUCAACCAAUAAAUGUAUCUGAUAAUUGACUAACUUAUCUGCAUUUAUAUCUAUACAUGUACAUACCUAUACAUAUAUAACAUCUGAAUCCUUACGAAUGUCAACACAUGGGGUGUAUCAUGGGCGAAACAGUAUACUCUGUUAUGUCCAUGGUACUGCUCAUGUCUAUAGAUGCCGGUUACCACUUUCCAUUAGAUAGAUCGUCAGCUUGUUUGCCAUUCUAAGUUAUAUAUAAGUAUAAUUUACAGUAUAUAAGUAUAAUUUGUACAUAUUUAUAUGAUUAGUAUAAUUAAGCAUAUUUAAAAACAUUCAAAUAUUUAUCCAUAAUCAAUAAUUAAUAUUAUAAAAUUGUAUUUGAAAAAAAAUAAAUAGAAAUUUCUUUACAAUAGAAAAAAUAGGUCUUAAGUAACAAAAACUAUUUGACACAAAUUAAAUUUUUAGAACAGAUUUAGAUAUUAAUAAUUAUUAUAUUUUAUUUAAAUCAUUCUAACGGCUGUGAAGCGGAUUAUACUGGAUAGAAAAGUAUUUAGGUAUGUGUAAAUUUGAAUGAUUGUGCAAUAUGAAAUGAUUGUUCUGUUAAUUCCUUUUCGACUAUUUUAUAUAAGUAUAAUUUAAAAUGUAAACAAUUGUUAUAUUACAUAUCAGUAUAAAUAAACGCUCAUAGUAAA